AUGUGUUUCCACUCGGAAGGAAAUAGAAGGGCACCUACGCCGGUACCAGAUUGUGCCGUUUGCAAAGCCUAGUAGUUCUUUGGGUUGUUUAGUGUUCGUAAAUUAGCAUGCAAGUGAUCACGGAGGCUCUGCGCCAUAUCCAUGGCGUAUUUCUGAAAGUUCUGCUGUUCCCCAGCACGUUCCGGAAAGCGGGGCUACGUCCCUGCGCCUCGGAGGUGCUCACGCGCCAUCUGCUGCAGCGCAACCUGCCACCCUGGACUUCGUUUUGCGUGCGCUACGGCGACGUUUCCAACGAUCAGUUCGGACUGUCCAACUUCAACUGGGAAGUCGCCGGGGCCAACUACCACAUCCUCAGGACCGGCUGCUUCCCUUUCAUCAAGUACCACUGCACCAAAGCGCCGUGUCAGAACCUGGAGCUAGAAAAUAAGUUCUUCGCCGUUCUCAAGUUCGUCAACCUCGGUGUUCCGUCGCUGGCCUACGGGCUCGGCUCUUGGCUCAUGCUUGGAGCAUCGGAGACGGUGAAGACGAGCCUUGGCCCUGUCACCGUGUACUUCCUGUAUAAAGAGAGAGAAGGGGCCCGGUAUUGAUGACGGAUAAUGGCUCUGUAAGACACACAUGUAUUUAGUUGCUUCCUAAUAGUUAAAAGGCAUCACAUUUAGGAUUUUCCUGAAGAAAGCCUUCAAAGUGUAACAUCUUGUUCAAGCAAUAUUCGCUACAUACGGACUUUGUUUUAUGUUGAAACGCCACAUUGUUUGUCGUAAUAUGAUGCAUGUCACACAUCUACUGCUAUAUUAAAAAAUACAUAUAUGAUUAUUUACAAAUUAUAUGUGAUACCCAUGCAUAUGUGAUACAUGCCCACUCUCUCUUCUGUCUCCAGGAAGUUGUCUUACUGAGAUGUUUUAAUGUUUUAGCAAAGAUUUGAACUUCAGGCACACUUUGGAUUUGAACGUAAUUGCAGCGUAUACCAGAACUGUUUUUGCGUAUCCAGUUCAUUUGAAAACUGAGUAUUUUUCACAGCAGAUUUAAGUGCAUCAAAUUAUAUCCGGAGAAGAAAACUAAAUUAUUACGCACUGUGUGAGUUGUGCUCUUAAAAAGGAAUGGUAUCGCCUGCUAAUUUGCUGCUAUUCUUGAAUUCAGGAUUUUGGGU